UAUCAAUCACAAUCUUUCAGACAACCAACAACCAAGAAACACCAAAUACACAAACAUGCACACGACUAAAGUGAUAACGUAUGUUUUCUUAGUGGCCAUGGCUGCUGCCAAAAAUGUCGUAGACUUAAAUGCGAUUAAUGCUGCCUUCCAAAAUGAAGCAGUACACAAGAGAGAUGCUAAAAAUAUUGUAGACUUGAAUGAAUUCAAGAGUGCUAUUGAAGCUGAAGUGGAAGAUGCGGGAUUCUCCAAAAGAGAUGCGAAAUAUUCGGUGGACUUAACAAAACUUCAGGAUGCAGUCAGACAUGAGGUAGAAUCGUAUGACAAGCGCGGCGAAGACCAGUUUCGAUUUAUUAUUGAUGAAGACGACUCGAAACUGAAUGUCUUACAGUCGCUCUUGCCACAGAUUCAAGCCAUUUCCAUUAUGUCUGGUUACAUUAGAGAUAAUGAGAAGUUAUCCAUUAAGACAGAGUUAACUAAUGAGACGAUGAUUAUUGUAGCUCCAACUAAUGAAGCUAUAGCCGGUAAAUUAUCAGGAUUAAAGCCAUGGGAAUUUCCUAAUCCAAUCACAGAUAAGAUGGAUGAUGAGACAGUAGAACGAAUCUUAAGUCAGAACAUUGAAUCCUUCCUCAAUAACCAUAUAGUUACCAACUUUGAACAGAAUUUGUCCAUCAAUAAGGAGGAUAAACUUAUAGAGACUAAGUUGGUAAAUGGAGACUUAUUGAAGAUUAAACAAGAUGAAACCACACAAAAGUUUGCCGUAGAAGUCAUUCAUAAACAUAAGAAUAAAUCUACAGGCUGGAUUGCAGUACAAUCAGUCAAACAGGUGGAUAAUGGAUUCAUAUUCAUCGUUGAUGAUACAUUGGUUAAGCCAAAGAUUGCGGGCAACUUGUAGGGUAGGUAUAUUUAUAGUUAGUUAUAAUGCGUAUUUAUUGAUUGUUAUUACACAUAUUUUAUUGGACU